AUCCCAAGCUUCUCUCACACUACAUCAGCCCUUCACCAACUAAGCUUUAGCUACUCCGGUUGAUCAUCCUUUUUGCAGUAUGGCGAUGAUGAUGAGUCCGAAGGAUCACAUUGAGGAUAUCCGCAGAAGAAAAUUUUCAAUCGGAGGAGACCCAAACUCUCUCAGAGAGGACCUCCAUCAGGCUGUUAAAAACCUCUCCGCGGAGCUCUACUCCAAGGAUGUCCACUUUCUCAUGGAACUCAUCCAGAAUGCUGAGGAUAAUGAGUACGAGGAGGGAGUGAAACCCAGUCUGGAAUUCGUUAUAACCUCAAAAGAUAUAACGGAGACGGGAGCCAAUGCGACUCUCUUGAUAUUCAACAACGAGAAAGGCUUUUCGAGGAACAACGUUGAAUCCAUUUGUAGCGUCGGCCGUUCCACUAAGAAAGGCAGACGCAAGAGUGGCUAUAUUGGCGAGAAAGGGAUUGGGUUCAAGAGCGUGUUUCUGAUCACUGCUCGGCCAUACAUUUUUAGCAAUGGUUACCAGAUUCGAUUUAGCGAGGAACCGUGCGACCACUGCGGUAUUGGGUUUAUUGUUCCAGAAUGGGUGGAUGGAAACCCUAUUCUUGCACAGAUUAACCAAAUCUAUGGUUCUUCAACCAAACUUCCUCCCACAACUCUGGUUUUGCCGCUCAAGUCUGACAAGGUGGCGCCGGUGAAGCAGCAGCUUUCAACCAUUCAUCCUGAGCUUCUCUUGUUUCUUUCAAAGAUAAGGGAGCUUUCGGUCAGGGAAGAAAACCAGGAUCCAAAGCUCAAUACUGUUAGCGCUGUUUCCAUUUCAAGCGAGAGAGAUCUUCUGAGGAAGAAAAACAUUGAUGCUGAGUCUUUUCUGCUGGUUCUUUCUGCUGACGAAAAGGCUGCUGCUGCUGGGAGCAAUGGGCAAUGCAGUUACCAUAUGUGGAGGCAAAGAUUCCCAGUUAAGCAAGAAUGUAAAGUUGGUAGGAGAAUGGAGGUUGAUGAGUGGGUGAUCACCCUUGCGUUUCCUUAUGGAGAACGCCUCAAACGUGGAAAUAUCUCUCCUGGGGUUUAUGCUUUUCUUCCUACAGAAAUGGUCACCAACUUCCCCUUCAUUAUUCAGGCCGACUUCUUGCUAUCAUCAUCCCGGGAGGCCAUUCUUUUGGAUAACAAAUGGAAUAAGGGAAUUCUUGACUGUGUUUCUGUGGCCUUCUUAGCGGCAUUCACCUCGUUAGUUAAAGCCAACCAAGAUGCUCCAACUUCUACUCUGGUUCAUAUGUUUAACUUUCUGCCACUUAGAGGUUCUCCAUAUUCCAGUCUUAACUCCAUCAGAGACUCAAUCAGACAGAAACUUCUCCAGGAGGAUAUUAUGCCGUGUCAGUCAUAUACAACACAGAAGUUUUUCCGAAAACCAAAUCAAGUUGGAAGGCUAAAGCCUGCGUUUUGGACCUUGGUGGAUAAAGCAAGGAAGCAAGGGGUUAGUUUCCUCAACAUCUCUUCCCACGGGAAAUAUAUUCUGAACCAUGCAUUUGAUCAGGAGAAGUACUAUGACAUUUUGAAUUUUUUGGAUGUAAAGUUUGUAAUAUACGAGUGGUAUUCGAGGAGCAUUCAGAGUUCUAAUCUUGUCUUGGGUGUCUCAGAGGAUCUAUACCUGGAACUUCUGUUAUUUGUUGUGAACAACUGGAGGUCAUUUUCAAUGAGGAAUAUGGUGAAAGUUCCAUUGUUGAAGUACAUUGACAGUAACCUGCAUGUGGCAUUGAGUAGCGUUAAUUCUGCUUAUACAAAAACGCUGUUUCUGUGCACUUGCUCAGAUGAAGUAUCAUGGCUGACAAGUUGGAAUAGAGAAUUUCGUUGCGUUGGGGGAUAUUUCAUUUCUGAAUCAACACAGAAAACACUUCACAGUAGCCCUUCUAAUUAUAAGUGGACGAGAGUGUUCAAUUGGCUUUGCAGUGAGGCGAGUGUGAAGUCUGUAGAUGUGCAAAACUAUGCAGUUAUGAUCCGGGACUCACUGAUUCAUGACCAGAAGCUUGUCCUUGCAUAUGCUCAUUUCCUGUAUCACUCCUUCACCCACAAGUAUUUGUCUGCAACACAAAUUGCUUCGCUUGCUGUUGACAUGCCGCUUGUUGAUGACUAUGGGCGGGUGGCCACUAAUAAUACGAUACGUGUUGUUGUACCUGCAAAUGGAAGUAAAUGGGUGCAUCUUCUUGGUUCAUCAAAUCCAUGGAAAAAAGAGGGUUAUGUUGAGCUGGAUGGAGAAUAUUUGCAUGCUCAAACAUAUGCUGGUGUGUCUACCAAGAAAUAUGAGCUCCUUCAAUUUCUUAAGACUUCUGCUGGUGUUUUGGAUAUUCCCAAUUUGCCUCCUCCAGAUGUUUCACUAUCCAGUAUGGCUUCCCCACUAACCAGGGUUAAUGCAUUCCUGCUUUUACGUUGGAUUGGUAAAAUGGAAAAGAAAAAGAUAAAGAUUCCAGAGAGAUUCUUGAAAUGCAUAAGGGAAGGAUGCUGGCUUAGAGUGCGUGUAUGUGGUAAUCCAGGCUACAGGCCCCCAUCACAAUCCUUCUUACCUUCCGAGUCCUGGGGAGAUCAUUUGCAGAAUAGAUCUUUGCCUGUUGAUAUUCCAUUAGUUGAUCAAGAGUUUUAUGGUGAUAAGCUUUCUGGGGAGUAUAAAGAAGCUCUGAGAACUGCUGGUGUUAUGUUUGAGUUAAACGAAGCCAGUGAAUUUAUUGGGAAGCACUUCAUGUCUCUGUAUGCUUCUUCUACAUUGACAAAAGGCGAUGUCAUUUCGAUGCUGAAUUUCAUUAGGUAUUUGAGGGCUAGAGUUCUCCCUCCUGAUAACUUCAUCAACAGUAUCAAAGAUGAGAGUUGGGUCCAGACAACUCAAGGCUACAAGACCCCAGGCCAAUCUGUGUUUCCUGAUAAGGAAUGGGCUGCUGCAUCACAGAUCAGCGACAUCCCAUUUCUUGAUCAAAUUCAUUAUGGUCAGGAGAUUCUUGCUUACACGGAAGAACUCGAGCUUCUUGGUGUCAUCUUUGGUUACAAUCAAGAUUUCCAGCUAGUAGUUUCCAACUUGAAACCUUCAGGGUCAUUGACUUCACUAAGUGCUGAAGCAGCUCUCCUGGCACUAAACUGUAUUCGUCACCUAAAUUUAGGCUCUUCUGGUAGUCUAUGCAUUGCCCUCGCGGGCAAUAGAUGCUUAAAGACUGAGCAAUGGAUACAGAUCUCCUGCUGA